GGAGGAAAAGCCGAAACAGGAUCCACCGUCCACAGAUUACUGUCCUGGAAAUGGAAGCGGUUUGAGAGUCGCGCAAUUCAACCCCAACAAAGAAAAUUACUUGUACUUGUAAUUAGAAAUGAAAAUCGGAAACACAUAACAAAAUUUGUGAACAUUCAAUCAACUUAUACUAAAUCCCCAACUGGGGGAUCCUACACCAACCACCAUUGAAGAGUUUAGAAAUGGCGAACAAGACCUCAACUAUCCAAACCAUUUACGAUUUGUGCAGGAGGUCCUUUUCCCCCACAUCUACACUUCCUCCACCUUCUCAAAUCGUUCAGACCCUUUAUUCUCUUUUGGACACUGUGACUCCUGCUGAUGUUGGUCUCGAAGAAGAAAAUGUGGAUGAUGACCGAGGAUAUGGGGUUUCUAUGUUGAAUCCAUUCAACCGAGCCCCUAGAUGGGCUCAACCAAUAACAUAUAUGGAUAUCCACGGCGGUGACAGUUUUACAAUGUGCAUAUUCUGCUUUCCGACAUCUGCAGUCAUUCCUUUGCAUGACCAUCCUGGAAUGACUGUCUUUAGCAAACUUCUGUAUGGAUCCUUGCAUGUGAAGGCCUAUGAUUGGGUUGAGCCUCCACAAUUUGUGAAGAGCAAUGAAUCUGAGUACUCCCAAGUGAGGUUGGCAAAGUUGGUGACUGACGGAGUUCUAACAGCGCCUUGUCCGACCAGAAUUUUAUACCCAAACAGUGGGGGAAAUAUACAUUGCUUCACGGCAGUGACUCCUUGUGCUAUACUCGAUAUUCUGACACCGCCUUAUCUAGAGGAUGCAGGCAGGAAAUGUACAUAUUAUCAUGAUUAUCCAUAUUCAAGCUUUUCUAAAGACGAAGCGAUAAAUGACGGAAAAGAAGAGAACUAUGCGUGGCUUGCCGAGAUAGAAGCACCAAACGUGUAUAUGCGUCCUGGAAACUAUUCUGGUCCUUCUCCUCUAGGGUAACAAUGAGCUAAUCAUCUUUUACUUGGUAAUGUAGAAUCUAGUCUUGAAGUUGCAUUGUUGUUUGUGGAAUGAUCUUUGCGGGGUGUGGGAGUGUUCAGUCAUUUUCAUGUUUGAACUCUUCCGCUUGUAGCAUCGUGAUCACAAUGUCGGGUUUGGGAAAUUUUUUCGUGUACAAUUCGUACAUUUUAAGAUGUUUAUACAAGUUAGGUUGUGGUCGUUGUAUAGGAUUAACAAUUUAAAAGGUUUUGAGCGUUGUCGAUUUGCCAAUUUGUUUUGGUUUUGUUGAAA